AUGGCCGACGCAUGUAAGGGCAUCUGGGAUUUGAAGGAGGAUGAAGUGGGACUACUAGAGGAUAUUCUCAACCACGCCGACCUGCUGGAAUUCAUCUCAUGCAGUGAAUGCAUGGGAGAGGAACUGGAUGCUGGAAUUGUUGAUUCUCUCACGAAACCAGAGUUAUUUAAAAACGUGGAUGAGAAAAAAAAGUGGAGAUUUAACCUUCGCCUUGCUCUCCAACUGAAUCGUACCGACUUUCUCAGUGAGGAUAUGUUUGCUGGAGUGGACCGGGACAUGGUGCCAAAAAAAUUUGUGGAAACAAGCCUCUUGGAAGAUAAGAGAGAUUUCCUUCAAUUCCUUCUGGAUUCGGGCUUUCCGCUGCAUAAGUAUAUCACACCAGAGCUUAUUGUGAAGCUGUACCAAGCGGACGUCAAAAGCAACACGCCAGAGAAGAUUACAAUGGAUGUUGUGGAGGCUGUUUUGUCAAAAACCCUUGGGUACAAAUUAAACAAAUGUGGUCAAGAGGCGGAUGACGAGUCGAGCUCUGAAACUUCAGGUGAGUAA